AUAAGGAAGAGGCAGAGCAAGGUGUGACACCACGCAGUGUCACCGUCACUUGUGACUCGCAGCAUCAGGCCUGUCUUUUCUGGCUGGGGCCAUCGAGGGAUGAGCGGGGCCGGAGGCAGAGAGGAGGACGCAAUGGCAGCUUACUUUCAGUGAAGCUCAAUGAUAGAAUCAUACAACUG